CGGCCAUGUAGUGACAACAUGUAUUAUCCUGUUGUAUAAAGUGUGUUUGCAUUAUAAGAAUAUGAGGGAUGACGAAAUAACUCGCACAAACAAACUUGAUACAAAUUUAAUGAGGACAAUGAGGACAAGUGCCAGUGUGACAGUGACAGAUUAUUCGAUAUAAAGAAGGAUUCAACAUGGCUGAAAGUAUCGAGAAAAGACACGAGAACUGGCUAAGAGUGGUCUGGGGACUCCUGUACGUGAGAGAAGGACUUCAGGGAUACGUAGAUACAAAGGGAAAGCAACAGUACCAAACAUUCAUGAACACUGUAAAUGCCAAGUGUUAUAACCAAACAUGUGAUCAAUGUCAAAUCAACAAUAAAUGCAAAAAUGGCAAGACUAAAGUGACAGGAAAAUCCCCAUUCAGGCCAGCCCAUUUCUGUGAUGAAAUGAACAAAGAGAUACAACGUAAUCAUGCUAGAAACAAUCCAUCAUGGUUGAAUACAGAUUCUACAAAGUGGCAGGAUCAACACGUCGGAUACUGGGAGGUGGCCAAGUGUUAUCUCAGUUCAGCCGGCUACUUUGACAAGAUAGGGGCGAGUCAGUUGGAUGCUUCAGGACUGUUAAGCAUCUGUUUAAACAGUUCGUUUAUCAAACAAUACAUUACAAAUAUUCAGCGAUUUGUAGAGGUGCGAGACAUAAGGAACACGACCCUGCAUGACGCCCGCUAUGAGCUGGACGGACAGACAGCAGACGACUGCCUGGACAAGAUGAUUACUGUUCUUCAGGACCCACAAGAACUCAUACAUGAUACAUUUGCUAAGCAAGCUGCUCAUGUCAUUAGAAAUAUUAAAGCCAAGGUUGAAAAGACACCGGCCAUUAUGACAGAAACCUUACACAAAUGGCUUCAGACAAACUUCGACCUCGACAAACAGCUCAAAGAGAUCGAGGGCCUGAUGUAUGAUAGACUACGAAAGGAACUGAACGGAUUUAUAGUUGAUGAGGUCGAACGUAAGGUCAAACACAGUUUCGAUACCAGAGGUAAAGACGAAAGGGAACACAACCUGGAGGAUCUACAACAACGGCUUGCCAAGUACUAUCAGAAAGAACUCAACAGCGCGCCCAUAUCGCCCUUGAUGUCGGACAAAAACGAGAGACUGGACAAGUUUUACGUCCCUCCAAAAAUCGUGGAGAAAGACCCGCGAAAAGUAGGUGCGGUCGAGAAAGAAAACGGAACACCCGUGACGGCUUACAGGCAAUUGUUCUGUAAAAGGGAUGCUUUUAGGAAAAACGUGUUCAUGGUUGGCGAGGCCGGGAUGGGAAAGUCCACCUGUGCCGCAAUGUGCGCAUUGAAAUGGGCCUAUCAGUUCACAUUAACGAGUAAGAUUAACGAACCUGACAAAGAAACCUUACCUCAAAACUCGUGUAUGUCUACAGAGUGUGAAAUGUUUUUUGUAUUUAACAGUCAUCUUAAACAUAUUUUCAAUCCUGAAAGAAAGCAGGAAGACCAAUUCAAAGAUGAAACUUUCUUUAAAGACAUUGACAUUUUAUUUCACCUCACUCUAAGAGAUAGCUGCAACCUUUGUAACCUCACAGACAUGAUACGAGAUCAGCUUAUCAACAGAUUUUACCCACAGGAUCAGAGGGACGCUGCAAACCUGACUAUGCAGAGUGUCCUGUCCAAAAACAAGUGCGUGAUCAUAGCCGAUGGCCUGGAUGAAUGGACCCAUCCAAAUGAUACAAAAUGCAGCUGUCCAAAAGAAGGAAAAAAGAUCCCUUAUUUGAACACUACCCUAGAUGCAACAGUGUUGAUUACAUCACGGCCCUGGAGAAUGUCACAACAACGCGUUAAAGACACAAAAAUAGACACGUAUAUGGAGAUAGAGGGAACGUCAGAUACUGGAUUACUGACUAAGAAAGUAUUGAACAGUCUUAAUGAAACAGUUACAGUAAAGAAAACGUGGCUAGAUUUUGUCAGGUUUGUUGAUAGAAUGAAACUUACACGUCUUUUGUCGGUACCGAUUAUAUCGAUGCUGUUGGUAUGCUUAUGGUUUGAGGGAAAACAUGAAUCCUGUUCUCUGUGUGACAUAUAUGCAUACACUAUUGAAAUGAUGUUAGGGCGAAAAGCUCUCCCAGUGCCUAUCAUUUCGCAGAUAAAAAAUCCUUUCUUACCUUGUUUCCAGCGCACAGAUUAUGUACAAAAGUACUAUAGCAUUGUUAUGGAGAUGGCAAAACUUGCUUUUACGACAUUAUUUUCGAGCGACCAAACAUCAUCAUUGGUGUUUAAGAAAGUUGACAAUUUGAACGAACAUAAUCUCGUGUUUGUGCUGAAGUCGGGACUCUUGCAAGAAACAAAAGCAACAUCUUUGAUUAGAAGGUCAUCGAGCUACUCGUUCAUAAAUAAAACUGUUCAGGAAUUCCUUGCUGCAACAUACAUGUCCUACCACCCAAAAGAGUUUCAAAGAGUAGUAAAACCGUUUUAUGAUAAUAACGGUAAAAUGGCGGAUGUUUCACAGGUUUUUAUUUUCCUCUGCGGUCUAAACAUUAAGCUAGCAAAUGAGAUGUCAGUCAUGAUAUCAAAUAGUGAAUCAAAUAUCCACAUGUUAUCAAUUCCAUCGAACAUUCAGAAAACGAUUGUUUUGGGUUAUAAGGAGGCCCAAUCAAAUCAAAUGUUGAACAUUCAUCUGUCACUCUUCUGCUUUGUAUAUAGGGGUCGUGAUACGGAUACCGACAUAUUAGAAGAUUUGCUAUCGAUAAACAAGUCAAAAGUACGUGCUAUCUCUUGCAUUAGAUCUGAUACAAGCCAGUUGAAACUACAGGAGGUGUUCAAUAGCUCCACAGAAACUCUUACGCAUGUUGCGAUACAUCGACAGGCUGGACAGUACAACAUUUCGGCGUGCAGCCGUCUCCAUACCUUGGUUCUAUCUGGAUUGGAAACAACGGAUAUCGUGGUCAAUACUAAGAAUUUAGUUUCAUUGAAUCUAAAUUGUAUUUCGAAAACAGUUGAAUGUAGUAUUUUGCAGUCAUUAAAGAAUGGAUCAGAGACUUUGAAAACAUUGCAAAUAGGAACAAUUACCGACAUUAGUUUAUUCUGUCAGAGUCUUCCAUCACUGACUAAUUUGAGAACAUUGACAUUAGGACGCAUAACAAACGAUAUCUUAUACACUCGAAAUUACUUUCAGGCCUGGCGUUCUACUUUUGAUAAAUACUUUUUAGGUGUUUUAACUCAGAUAGACUUUAAUUCGAGGAACAGGUGUUUUGACAUUGGUUUUAUCCCUACAUUUGACUUGAGCAUGUCGACUUUACACCUCGAUGAUCACGACCUGCUCCUACCAGCCUCUGUCGUCUCUGUUCAACUGAAACAAGUGGCAAUCACCGCGCGGUCGAUGAAGGGGCUUGUAGAAAGGCUGGAGAACAGAACUCCUUUUUUUACUGUAUGCUUUUUAUUGUGUACCGUGCAACCAAAAUUAGAGUAUGAAGAAAUUAAACGGUAUAUCGCGAGGAGUGAGCACUUUGUUUCUGUCUUCACAGAAGAUAUCCUUUUUUUUAGAAGACGAAAAUGUGAUGAACAAAUAUCAAAGUAAUUGUUCAAAGUGUGUAGUGCUGCUAGUGUAGUAUGCUAUAUUUACCCUUUACAGUAUGAGGAAUAUAUUUUAUUUCAGACUUAGAUAGCAAUUGAUAAUCAUACUUCAUCUGUACAUAUGUACAAUGUAAUCCAAUUUAUUUGUAAUACAAGUAGCAUAUAAAAAUUAUUGUCGUUUAACAGAAAUUAAAAUCAUAAGUUAAUACUUAGCACUGUGCAAUUGUAUUUUGUUUUGGUCAGACUAAAAAAUAAAUCUGUUAAUAAUUUUA